AAAACUCACGCCCGCCAUGUAAGAUGUAAGUUGUAACUUCCUCUCCAAGUAGGCUUCACCGGGUCAGCCAAGCAAAGUCGGAGUCCAGGCUCUGGGCUAAGCUGGGUCCCAUUGGCGCAACUUCCUUAAUAAGACAAAGGAGAUUCAGAUUCCAUUCCCACGCAAGCUGGCAUCAGAUUCCUCAGUCUUCUCCAGCCUCCAGGGAAAGAUGUUUCCAUAACUAAAAAUUAAGUAUCUCUAAGUAUCCAUAUCCGAGGAAAAUAUUCUGCCGAGGAAACGCGCAACGCUUCUUCAUUCCCUUCUUAACGCCCUUCUGAUUCUAGUUUUCCUAGGGUUCCAAAAAUGGUGGUUGAGGACGACAACUCAGAGAAGCCUCUGGACCUGUUUCUCAAGAUUGGUUUAGAUGAGAGGACUGCAAGGAACACCAUCGCCAAUAAUAAGGUCACCGCAAAUUUGACGGCUGUGAUUCACGAGGCAGCGCUCACUAAUGGAUGCAAUCGUACAGUUGGAAAUCUUCUGUACACAGUUGCUACAAAAUUUCCAGCAAAUGCCCUUGUGCAUCGUCCAACUCUUUUGCAAUAUAUUGUCUCAUCAAAGAUUAAAACUCCAGCCCAGUUAGAAGCAGCAUUUUCAUUUUAUUCAAGCAUUGGUUCAGAGAACUUUGAGUUAAAAGAAUUUGAAGAAUCAUGUGGUGUUGGUAUCGAUGUUCCUAUUGAAGAUAUUGAACGCACCGUUAAUGAGAUUUUUGAGGAGAACAAGAAUGUGAUUUUGGGGCAACGUUACCAAACAAAUGUUGGUGAUUUAUUUGGGCAUGUUCGCAAGAGUCACCCUUGGGCUGAUCCAAAGAUUGUGAAGCAACUUAUAGAUGUGAAAUUAUACGGAUUGCUUGGUGAGAAGACUGCAGCAGAUGAUGAAAAGCCUUCAAGAAAGAAGAAAGAAAAACAAGCUAAAAGCGAGUCAAUUGCUGUGGAUACUCAUCCACCACCAACAUCUGAAGAAGAGCUUAAUCCAUUUUUGAUAUUCCCCCAGCCAGAGGAGAAUUUUAAGGUUCACACUGAAAUAUUUUUUAGUGAUCGCCCGGUGUUGAGAGUUUGUAACACAAGGGAAAUGCUUGAAAAACAUUUAAAAGCCACAGGAGGGAGAGUUUUUACCCGCUUUCCACCAGAGCCAAAUGGGUAUCUGCAUAUUGGUCAUGCCAAGGCAAUGUUUGUUAGCUUUGGCCUGGCAAAAGAGCGGGAUGGAUGCUGCUACCUGAGGUAUGAUGACACAAACCCUGAAGCUGAAAAGAAAGAAUAUAUUGAUCAUAUUGACGAAAUUGUCCGGUGGAUGGGUUGGGAACCUUUCAAGGUUACUUACACCAGUGAUUAUUUCCAAGAUUUGUAUGAUCUAGCAGUGGAGCUAAUACGAAGGAAUCAUGCCUAUGUUGAUCAUCAGACUCCUGAAGAAAUAAAAGAGUACAGGGAAAAGAAGAUGAACAGUCCUUGGAGGGAUAGACCAAUUGCAGAAUCGUUGGAACUUUUUGAUCAAAUGAGACGGGGAAUGAUUGAAGAAGGGAAAGCGACACUCAGAAUGAAGCAAGACAUGCAGAGUGAUAAUUAUAAUAUGUAUGAUCUCAUUGCAUAUCGUAUCAAGUUUACCCCUCAUCCACAUUCAGGGGACAAGUGGUGUAUUUAUCCAAGUUAUGAUUAUUCUCAUUGCAUUGUGGAUUCUCUUGAAAAUAUUACACAUUCGCUAUGUACACUUGAAUUUGAAACACGCCGUGCUUCAUACUACUGGUUGAUAGAUGCACUUGGCCUUUACCAACCUUAUGUCUGGGAAUACUCACGGUUGAAUGUCACUAACACAGUGAUGUCAAAGCGUAAGUUGAACCGUUUGGUGACAGAAAGGUGGGUUGAUGGUUGGGAUGACCCUCGUCUUAUGACAUUAGCUGGUUUACGACGUAGAGGGGUGACUUCGACCUCCAUAAAUGCUUUUGUUCGAGGAAUUGGAAUCACUAGAAGUGAUAGUAGUAUGAUACGUUUGGACCGCCUUGAGUUUCAUAUAAGAGAAGAACUAAACAAAACAGCACCUCGCAUGAUGGUUGUGCUACAUCCACUUAAGGUUGUUAUUACCAACCUUGAAGUUGGUUCAACGAUGGAUCUUGAUGCAAAGAAAUGGCCUGAUGCUCAAAUAGAAGAUUCGUCUUCCUUUUACAAGGUUCCAUUUUCUAAUAUUGUGUACAUUGAGCACACUGAUUUUCGGAUGAAAGAUUCGAAAGAUUACUAUGGGCUUGCUCCUGGUAAAUCUGUCCUGCUCAGAUAUGCUUUCCCUAUAAAGUGCACAGAAGUUAUCCUCAGUGAUGAUAAAGAAACUGUUGUUGAGGUCUGGGCUGAAUUUGAUCCUUCAAAGAAGACAAAGCCAAAGGGAGUUCUUCACUGGGUUGCAGAACCUUCUCCUGGGAUUGAUCCACUUAAGGUUGAAGUGAGGCUGUUUGACAAACUCUUCCUUUCUGAGAAUCCUGCUGAACUUGACAAUUGGCUUGCUGAUCUGAACCCGGAGUCCAAAGUGGUGAUACCUGGAGCAUAUGCUGUGCCUUCACUUCGAACUGCUGCAGUUGGGGACAGAUUUCAGUUUGAAAGGCUUGGUUAUUUUGUGGUAGAUAAGGACUCCACUUCUGAAAAACUUGUCUUCAAUCGUACGGUUACACUACGAGAUAGCUACAGCAAAGGUGGGAAAUAGCCAAUAGGUAAAGCACAAGCAAAAUGGGAAAUGGGACGUGAGCAAGCAGCAGGAGUGACAAUUUACACAUUUUGAAUGUUUUAUUGAUGUAUAAAAUAUAAUUGAAGACUGAUGUUAACAAGUUCAUACAUAAUUAAGUUUGUAACCUUUAUAUAUCCAUACACUUGGAGAUAUUAAUGGAAGCUUGUUAUUUACAUUGGUUGAAAGAA